CAAGUGUUAAGAUCUCUUGUAAUAUUAUUUAUUGUACAAUUUUUAAUUUUUUUUUGUGUGUGAAUUUAAUAAAUAAUUUUAUGUUCUGUGAUUUGUUUAAUUAAUGUGAAAAUCGAUGCAGUGAUUUAAAAAAAAAAUUUUAAUUGUUAAAAGUGCAUUCUUUUGAAAUGCACAAUGUCGAAUUCACAGCCUGGAUAUAAUAGUUCACAGUCUUCAGAAUACGCAAAUGAACUCAGAAAUCAACAGGAAUUACAUUACGUUAGAAACGACAGGAGUCUUCCAAUGCACAGUAAUCGUGAAAUUUCAACUGGAAGACGAAUAAAAUUUUACGCAUUUUUUAUAACAAUUGUCCUCUCUGUAUUUCUUUUAUCAACAUUUUUCGCCUUCAAAGCACUUAUCGCCGAAGACAGUUAUUUGAAAAUAUAUUUUCAACGAAUCAACGAACCAUUCACAGAAAAAAAGAAAGCAAAUAAUGUCGAUUAUUCAAAUAUUCCAGUUGAUUUUGAAUUUAUUUACAACUAUAAUGACAACAUUGACAAUAGCAAUAAUAAAAAUUUACCAAAAGUACAACAAAUACGAAAAAAGCGAAGUACGGAUAAUGAGAAAAUGUUUAGACAAAAUUGUCUUCAAAUACACGAUAAAUGUAGAAUAUUGUUAAACUCUAUUCUCCAAUAUAAUAAAGGUUAUAGUCUUUUUGACAAAACUGAGGAAGAACUUAGUGAAUUUCUCAGUAAAUUAACGCCAGAUAGUGAGGAUCCAUCUGAUUCAUUUGAGUUUAAAGAGUGCGUUAAAUGUCGAAUAAUCGAGGAAAAUUUAAGGAAUUCAAAUGAUGAGGAAACACAAGAUUGGUUACGUAAUACGAAUAGUCGAGUUUAUUCCAAUAAUUUUAAUAAUAAUAAUAAUUAUAAUAACAAUGAAAAUCAAAAUAAUAAUCCACAACGUUUCAAUCUUCCCCUACCUGGAAUUGGCGUUAAUUCAAAUUUCCCGCCAAAUUUCAACGAUUCGGAUAUGGUGAAUAAUGUUAAUAACGGAAAUCAUGAAAUACAUAUUGUCAAGACAAACACAUCAAAAUUACUCAAUGGCACAAAAAUUACGUAUAUUUUAAAAAAUAUGACAAUUAUCGAAAAACCAUCGACCGAACGUCCGGAUAUUAAUAAUUAUGGUCAAAAAUUCAAUUCAUGGCAAAAUUACAGUUUUCAAAAUGUCGUCGGUCAAGGUGGUCAAAAUUAUCAUCAAGGAGGUCAGAAUUUCCAAGGUGGUCAAAAUUACCAAGGAGGUCAAAAAUACCAGGGUGGGCAAAAUUAUCAAGGUGGGCAAAAUUACCAAGGAGGUCAAAAUUAUCAAGGCGGUCAAAAUUACCAAGGAGGUCAGAAUUUCCAAGGUGGUCAAAAUUACCAAGGUGGUCAAGGUUACACAGGAAGUCAAAAUGUCCAAGGUGGUCAAAAUUACCAAGGUGGUCAAGGUUACACAGGAGGUCAAAAUUUCCAAGGUGGUCAAAGUAACCAAAGUGGUCAAAAUUAUCAAAGUAACACUAAAAUUUAUCAAAACAGUGGCAGUGGACAAUUUCCAACUGGUCAAAGUUAUUAUCAAGGUCAAAAUAAUCAAGGCACUAUUAGCCAAGGUCAACAUCCACCAGCUUACAGCAAUAGCGGUCAGAAUUCACAAUUUGUUCAGAACAAUCAACAAACGACAAAUUCGCAGUCAAAUCAAAUGUACGGUCAAAGUAAUCAGAAUUUUUACGGUCAAAGUGGUCAAGUCAUUAAUAGUAAUUUUCCCCCGAAUGAUCAAAAAUUUUCUACUGUUGGUCAAAGUUUUUCUAGUGGUCAGAAUAAUCCCAUUGGGCAAGGUUUUACAAGUGGUCAGAAUAAUCCCAUUGGGCAAGGUUUUACAAGUGGUCAAAAUUACCCCACUGGGCAAGGUUUCACGAGUGGACAAAAUUACCCCACUAAGCAAAGUUUUUCUAUUGGUCAAAAUUACCCCACUGGCCAAAGCUUUUCUAUUGGUCAAAAUUACCCCACUGGGCAAGGUUUUACGAGUGGUCAAGGUUACCCCACUGGACAAGGUCAAAUUACCCCGAAUGCUAAACCUUGUGCUGUGUCACAAAUUGAGGAGAAUGGUGAAAAUUUUCCCAAUGGUUUGAAUUAUCAGUUUGGUCAAAAUGACCAAAAUUUACUGACAUUAUUAACUGGUCCGAGUAAUACGAUUAUUCAAAAUUCACUGAAUGGUUUAACGAGUGGAGGAAAUGUUCCAUUGCCCGAGGUGAAAAAUCCAAUUUGCUGUCAAGUUGUGGAAAAUAAUGUUCAACAGCAGGAAUUAUGGCCGAGUGGUGUUUUUGGACCGCGGGUGAAUGAUGACGAGUUUUUUUUAAAUAACAUGAGUAAAGCAAAUUUGAUUGAUAAGGAUCUUUAUCAGAAUAUGGUGAAACUUUCGGGAUUUGAUCCAACUUCCAUGGACGUUACGAAAAUAAACAAUUACUACGAAUCGGGUCAAAAUGGAAAAAUGAAUGGAGGUCCAAUAGGUAAUCAACAAUCUCCGCUCGUUUGGGUUCCUGUUUUGCUUUGUUUCAAUGGAAAAGAAUUGAUUUCUGCAUCGGAGGUUCCCCCUGGAAUGGCAAGUCAGCAAUCAUUUACAAUGCAGAAUUUGAUGAAUCAACGAAACACAAAUGUUCAACAAGGACUGGAAAUUGAUAAUAUCGGACCUACAGGACCGGGACAAAAUAUUCUCAUCAAUGCAAACAAUAAGCGUGAUAGUAAUAAUAAUAAUAAUGAAAAAAAUCAGAUUCACUGCAAAUAUGUACCGCACUAUAAAUCACCAUUGAAAACACGCAAUACUGAUGAAUUUGAUAAUUCGAAAAAUAUUACCUCACGUCAAUCUUAUUAUCCGUAUCAUCAAUAUCCCUAUUAUUCGUUAGCGGGUCAAGAAUCUUUAUCAGGACGAUCGAGCGUAAAUUGUAGGCAUGGACAACGUGCAUGUGCCAGUGGAAACAAAUGCAUUCCAUUAUUCGAAUGGUGCGAUGGUUACAUAAAUUGUAAUGAUGGAAGUGAUGAAUCUAAUUGCAGAUGUAAAGAUCGAUUGGAACCCAGACGAAUUUGUGACGGAUAUUUUGAUUGUCUGUAUGGUUCAGAUGAAUUUGAAUGUUUUGGUUGCAGUGCAAAUACUUUUAGUUGUAGUGAUUCAAAUGUUUUUUCAAGAAUCAACAGUUGCUUUACUCGCGAACAAAGAUGCGAUGGAGUGCAAAAUUGUCCUAAUGGAAGGGACGAGUGGGAUUGUACACUUUUAACCUCUGAACCAUCAGGCAAUAGAGGCUUAUUUAUUACUGGGCAUAAUGCAGGAUUUUUACACAAAAAUGUUCGAGGAGUUUGGUAUCCUGUUUGUACAACCACACAACGUUGGGCACUUGAUGCCUGCGAAUUGGAAAAAGCUUUUGUACUUCAUAAUUCUCCGUCAAUUAAAACAAUAUCAGGAAUCACUCGCCCGGGACCAUUUAUCAUACCACAAGUUUCUGGAAAACCAGAAUUCAUUUCAAAUUGUUACACUGCAGUUGAAGUAAGAUGCACAAACAUUCUUUGCGGUACAAAAGCACCUGGUUCUCAACAUUAUCGCGUUUCACGUGAAAAUAAAGAAAAUUCAUCAUCACUUGUAACAAGACAAAUUUUCUACGAUCCAAUGCAAGAUGAUAAUGCUGAUCCAAUUUUAGGAAUAGUGGGCGGUAAACAGAGUCAACUUAAUAAUUGGCCAUUUAUAGUGGCAUUGUAUAAAAAUGGUGCCUUCACUUGCGGUGGUUCAAUUAUUAAUGAAUAUUGGAUUCUCACCGCUGCACAUUGUACUAUAAAUCUAAGGGAAAAUUAUUAUGAAAUACAAGCUGGAUUAACACAACUAAACACUUUCUCACCAAAGGCACAAGUUAGAAAAGUAAUACAAAUUGUUGUUCACAAUGAUUUUCAUCAGCGAACGAUGAACAAUGAUAUUGCAUUGAUGCGUCUCGAAGAACCACUGCAUUUUGAUCGUUGGAUUCGUCCAAUUUGCAUUUCAACUGAUAUACAAUUUCCACCAGCCUUUGCAAAAUGCACUAUUGCCGGUUGGGGUGCUUCUCGUGAAAGUGGAUAUGCUCAUGAGAUAAUGCAGGAGGUUGAUGUGCCAAUUUUGGCGAGUUGCAAUAAACCUCAUCUUAUAGAAGAUGCGACAGUAUGUGCUGGUUUCAAACAAGGGGGAAAGGAUGCUUGUCAAGGUGAUAGUGGCGGUCCUCUUAUGUGCAAAAAUGGUAACCAAUGGUUCGUUGCCGGAAUUGUCAGCCAUGGUAACGGUUGUGCCCGUGCCAAUGAACCAGGAGUUUACACAAGAGUCAGUAAAUUUUCCUCAUGGAUUUAUAAUGUUAUGGGAAAUCCACAUUUAAACAAUCGUAAUCAACCCCGACUUGAAUGUCCCGGAUUCAAAUGUACAAGUGGAACAAAACAAUGCAUUUCAAAACGAAAACAUUGUGAUUUGAAAGUACACUGUUUGGAGGGUGAAGAUGAAAGAAAUUGUCUCAAACAAAAUGCAUUUCGAUCAUAUUACGAAUCACCUCACGAUAUUCACGAUCAUCACAUUGGUUCUGAAACAAAACAACAAAUACAAACUUCAAAUCCAAUACCAAAUUUUUCUUAUAAUAGAAAUCAACAAAGUGUUUCUGAAAAUCCACAGAAACAAUUCGUCAAUAACAAUCCAUCGGAACGACCACAAUCUUAUUUUAUCGACAACAUUAAUAAUAGUCCAUCGGAAUUACCAUUUGGUUAUAGUGAUUUUAAAAAUUCACCAGCGGAAUUGCCAUCGAUGAAUAAUUUACCUCAACAGAGUUAUAAUCAACAAAGUCAGGAAAUGUUUACGAAUUUCAAUAACCAAAAUAAUAAUAAUAAUAAUCAACGAACACAAAAUCAGAAUUUCAAUAAUCAAAAUGUUAAUCAACAAACACAAAAUCAGAAUUUCAAUAACCAAAAUCAUAAUCAACGAACACAAGCUGAGAAUCCUUUUUGGAAUUCUGUUAAUGAAAAUAUACAACCAUUAACGGAAAAUCCACGAGUGAAUUCUUACAAUCAGGAGAAUUUUGGUUUAGGUCCUAAACAAAACAUUGACAAUUCACAACGUAUGUGGCAAUAUGGAAAUUCUCCGGGUAUUUCAAUAGAUAAUGGAAAUUGGCCAUCACAAUUUGGAAAUACAGAAAGAACUUAUUCCCUCGGCAGUUUAGGAACAGAAUUUGGAAAUGAGGCAGAUCAUCGAACCAACAUUCAAGAAUCACAAUUUCCUUCGCAAAUGUUUGGUUAUGGGUACACAUUACCACCACAAUUGGAAAAUCCAUAUCCAAGACUGGGCAGUAUUAACGACACUGAUAAUGAAAAUAAUAUACCUCAAAAUUUUGGACUUCCAGUGCAACAGGAAAUAACAACUGAACAUAACAAUAUUCCAAGUGAUGUACCAUCGGAUAGAUUUACAUGCAAGGAUUUGCUGCAGAGUAUUGCAGCCGAUAAACGAUGCAAUGGUCAUUUUGAUUGUGAAGAUGGUACAGAUGAAGAAGAUUGUUCUUGUAGAGAAGUUUUACAAAGAGAUAAUCCGAGAGCUUUGUGCGAUGGUCAUAUAGAUUGUUAUGAUGGCACAGAUGAAGAGGAUUGCAUAUCCUGCAGCAGUAAUGAAUAUCAUUGUCCAAGAAGUGGAACUUGCAUCCCAAUGAUGAAGAGAUGCGAUGGAAAACCCGAUUGUAAAUUAAAUGAAGAUGAAUUAGACUGCUUUUCAUUGAGUAAUGGCGAAUAUGUAAAUUUGGACAAUGAUGAAAGGCCACAUUUAAAUUCAGAGGGUAUAAUAACAAUGUUUACAAAUGGCGCCUGGUCACCAUAUUGUUAUCAACCACAAAAUCCAAAUUACGUUGAUAAUUAUUUUCAUCUUGGUUCACGAUUUUGUCAUUAUUUUGGCUUCAGAUAUUUGGAUUCGGCAAGGGAAGUCCCAGUAAAAGUUGCUAAUUACGAGGAAAGAAGAAAUGUAACUGAUUACGAAUAUCCACCAAAGUAUCAAUUUCCAGCAAAAAAUGAUAAAAAUACAUGUUCCGGUCUCUAUAUUAGAUGUAAACCAGUUUUAAGUAAUCCUGUGAAUGCUUAUUUAUCUCUUCAUCGAUUCUCUGAGGAAUUUUCAUAUCAAUGGCCUUGGCAGGGGGCAAUUUUUGCCGAUGGAAAUUAUCGAUGUCCUGCUAUUUUCUUGAGAGACGAUUGGCUCCUCACAAGUUCACAAUGCAAUCAAAAUCUCGAUUUAUCGACAAAUUAUACUGUUGGGGUAUUUGGAUUGCCAUCGUAUCAACCCGCUAUAUAUCGUCCCCAUCAACAGGUUGUGGAAAUCGAUGAAAUUAAAAGCGUGAAAAACUCUGACGCAUCUUUAUUCCAUUUGAAAAAUCCAUUGAAUAGAACUCGUUACGUGCAACCUAUUUUCCACGAAAAAAGAAUAUUUUUACCAACCGAGUCGGAUAUAUGUUUAGCUGUCGGUGUGGAUAAACAUUACAACAGCAAAAAUAUAUUCAUCAGACCGUUACUCGAUUGUGAUAAAUGUCGUCGUUGCUUUAUUGAAGAUAAACCCUCAUAUUGCGCAAACAACACCGAUUCUCAGGAUUGGAGUGGAACAAUAACGUGUUUGGGUUCUGAUGGCUGGUAUCCUUCUGCAGUAUUUGAAAAAUUGAACAGCGGCUGUAGUUUCCAUAAAAGUGAAGUAUUAGAUGGUAUUGAUUAUAUGUAUACUCACAUUUCGGAGGCGAUGAAAAAUACAACGGCUACAGCUGUGGGAACAAAAUGCGAUGGCACCAGAUGUCUCCUUGGUAAAUGUAUACCUUGGAAUAAAAUUUGUGAUGGCAUUCCUGAUUGUCCAGAUAAGGCUGAUGAACGUUCUGAAUUAUGCGAGGAGGCCAAAAAACGUUGUGUUAAUAAUCCUGAAGGAUGCAAAUGUAAUGCAAGUGAAAUGCGUUGUGGAGAUGGAAAAUGUAUUCCCAAAUCAAGUUUCUGUGAUGGUAAUUACGAUUGUAAAGAUGGCACUGACGAACCUUUAAAAUGCACUUGUGGAGCGUAUUUAGCGUUGACGGCAAGGCACAGACUCUGCGACAAUAAGCGUGAUUGUUUCGAUAAAUCUGACGAGGAUCCCAAAGAGUGUGCCUGUAAGGACACAAGUUUCUUCUGUAAAAGAAAAGAUCAAAGAAUGAAUCCUACGUGCGUCUCCACUGACAUGGUUUGCGACGGAGAGAAAGAUUGUCCUGAUGGCGAGGACGAGGACCAGUGCAUCGACAUUCAAUCUGCAACAAAACAACAAAAAUACAAAGGAGAAGUAAUACAACAAACCUAUGGUGUAUGGCAUUCGUAUUGUUUGGACCGUCCAGUGACGUCGGAUGUUGAGGCAUUAAAAAUAUGUCGUUCCUUGAAUUAUCGUACUGGAAUAUUGUCGAAUGAUACAUCAAUGUUAUCAAUGAAGAAACCAGUAACAACAGCAUUAGAUGAAUUUUUCAUUAUUAAAAUCAAUGAAAGAACAUUUUUGAGUAUGCGUCAAGAUCGGCCACUUGUCACUUUAGUCGAAGCACAACCGCCAUGUUAUCGAAUAUUUGUACAGUGCGCUUAGGAUUAAUUAUAAAAAAAACAUUCCACAGUGAAAAAAUUAUACUUUCUUUCAGCUAAUUUUUUUUUGUCUUUUUGUAUUAAAAAAUUGUCGAAAAUUCUUUCACUAAUUGUUAUAAAAUUAAUUCUAAAAUUUUUUUGCCUUCACUGCUUGGAAUUUUUUUCUACUUUUUAUUUUGCACUCUUAUUCAUCCAAUAUAGCUUUUUAAGAAUAAUUACUAUAGUUUACAUAUAAAAUUCUGAAUAUGUCUAAAAAUACAUCAGUUUGCGGUGCAAGAAACAUUUUCAUUUCUUUGUGCCUCAGCCUGAAUCGUUAUUCUGGUUGAGUCGCAAAGUAAAGAAAUUUUUCGUCAAUAUUUUCAAAUAUUCAGAAAUAUUAUCGAUAAGAAUAUUUUUAGUACUUUUUAUAUUCAUACUGCGUGUAUAUUAGUCAUAUGUUUUGCACAAAAUAACCUUAAAUAUGAAUAAGGUAUUGCAAUAAAAUUCUUAAAAUAAUUAGAUAUUUUAUAAUAAUAGUCUUAAAAUAUUAAG